AUGGCUUGCUCAUUAACCAGGAAACUGCUAAAAGACUGGAAAUAUUUGAUGCGCCAUCCUGAGAAGACUCAAGGGCUAUUCCAUGUUAGGCCGCAUGAUUCGGACUUACAUCUUUGGCAUGUGGUCUUCUAUGAACUCAGCACUUCUUUGGAGGUGUAUGUGCUACUUUAUAUUGGUGGAAGUGACCAGGAUCCUUAUAUCAUCAUGAAGUGUUUGUCUCCAAACUCAUGCUUUCCCAUCAAUAGGACAGUUUCCAUGACCCAUCUAAACUAUCUCCUGUCAAAAGACUUGGGAUUGCAAGAAAUACUGUCCCAUAUAUGGCAACCCCUUUUCCACAAUCAAACAAUGGAAGAUUUACAAUUUUCUCCCUCAGUGGUGAAAUUCAAUAAAGCGUGGAAUAGGAUUAUUUAUAGGGAUUUCAAAUCUUACUUCCCAGAGCUAACAGGCACUUUACAACCAGGUGACUAUGCUAUAGUUAGGACGUAUACAAAGAAUCAUAAUAUCAGCAAUAGCAAUAGCAAUAGUGUCAAUGAGUUUAUAUCGUUCUACAACGCUCAAAAUCACAGCUUUCAUCCACAAGACAACAAAAGGAGCGUUAACAAUAGAACCAGCAUAAGCAAUAACAAUUCAUCAUCCUCCUUCAACAACAACAAUAACAAAAAAACUCUUACCUAUAAUACCAUCGAUUUCAUGACCAGAAAUCUACUUGCAUGUGAUGACGACAGUAUUCACCCAGUACAAAGUUCUAAAAGAUCAAGACCAUCAUUAUUUCCGGAUGAAAUGAAUGGUAAUGAUAACAACGAGCAUUACACAAAGAGAAAAAGGAUAUGA